AUGUCGGUUCAAUGUAAACGGAAAUUCCAGAGGUCACAAAAAUAUCGGAACUCAUAUCAUCAAGAAACCUCCGAAAUGGAUCAUACUGAAGGAGGCAUAGAUGCCAAUGACAUAUUGGAAGCGUGCAACUUACAACCCAGUCCGUCACAGACACAUGACAGUCAUGUGGAAUCAAGCAAACCCACUCUACAGGAGACCAAAAAGGAUGACCCUAUGCAGAAGUGGCGGCGUGAGGUACAAGCAGCUGUAGAAGCAAAGAAAAAGAAGGAAGCCGAAGCAUUGCAAGCUGCUACCCAAAAGGCACAACAGGAGCUAGAAGCAUGGCGUAGAGAGAGAAAAGCAAAAAUCGAAUCAAAAUCACAAGACAAGGGACACGAUGAUAAUACGGACAAUAACAAGGGAGACCAACAGUUCUCAUGGAAAAAAACAGCGGAGCUACUCUCCAAAAUGGGAUACACCCAAAACGACCAAAGUGGACAAAAAUCGCAAAAAAUGGCAGAUCUUAUUUUUAUGAAAGCAAAAGAAUAA